CAAUGGGAGAGAAGAAAGCAGUAACGUGAGAAUGAAGGACAUCUCUUUCCAAAAUGCAGAGUCAGAGAAUCCACUCCCUUAUGUAGGAUACCAACAUAAUGAAGAGAAUCACACAAAUGAUGAAGAGCAGUCCCCCCAUGGGGAACAACACAAAAAAUGCAACUACAUUGACGCAAAUCAUAGAAAAAAAGUGAGUAAACAAUUGGAGGGGUGUACAAUCAGCGAAAGGGAGAAAAGUAAUGCGAUUCUCAGCAGACAGAGGAUGAUAAAUCCAGACAAGGAAGAACAACACCCAGGAAGGAGAGAAACGAAUCAGGGAAAUUACUCACAUAAUAAUAGGAAUGAAAAAAAUGAGAUAAAUAUCCUUCAAGAUGAAGAGGGCAUAUUAAAUGACAUUAAAGAGAAAGAGGGAGACAAUCUGAUGGGAGCGUCUUACCCUCACCCUUACCCAUAUCCGUAUCCCCAUCCCGAUGGUGUAGAAAAAUCAGAUGAGUUACCAAAGAAGGAUGGAGAGUGUUUGUCUACCCCUCAUUUGGUGAAAUGCGAAAGGAUAUAUUUGUCUGAGGGGGGAAACAGAAUGGGAGGAGAUACCAGUGUGGACGCCUCCAAUCUGUGCAGAGAAUCCAUCAAUGUGGUCGAGUGCGAUCCGUGUGAACAGAACACCAACCAGGAAAACAGUGUGAAGGACGCAAGUUCGCAGAAGCUGGGUGGCAAAAGUUCGGAUGCAGAAACAGAAAGUGGGAACAGUUCGACAUGCUGCCAAAGUGAAGAAGGGGAGAAAGUCCAGAAGAGCUA